AUGUCUGGACGAGGAAAAGGUGGGAAAGGUUUGGGGAAAGGUGGUGCAAAGCGUCAUAGGAAGAUUCUGAGGGAUAACAUUCAGGGAAUUACAAAGCCUGCAAUUCGUCGACUUGCCCGCAGAGGUGGAGUGAAAAGAAUUUCAGGUCUGAUCUACGAAGAAACAAGGGGCGUCUUGAAAGUGUUUCUGGAGAAUGUGAUCAGAGAUGCUGUGACAUACACUGAACACGCAAAGAGGAAAACAGUUACAGCAAUGGAUGUUGUUUAUGCAUUGAAACGCCAGGGUCGCACGCUGUAUGGUUUUGGUGGUUAG